UUUUUGUUGGGUGCAAAGAGUUGGGUUUUGAGGUUCGAGACUUUCAGCUUUCGAUAUUUUUGGAAGCAGUUGAUUCACGAACCCGAAUCACAGUGUCUCUCCGCUAGUCCUCUUCCCCGCUUUCUUAACCACGACGCAUCAAAUAAGGGUUUCAGGGUGGCGACAUAUUAAGGAACUGGCGAAGAGCUUUUGUGGGUCUUGAUAUAUUCAAAGACAUACCUGAGCCAUGAGUCAGAGAGGCUUAAUAUACAGUUUUGUUGCAAAGGGGACUGUUGUUCUAGCGGAGCACACAUCAUUCUCUGGGAACUUCAGCACCAUUGCAAUUCAGUGCUUGCAUAAACUACCUUCAAAUAGCAAUAAAUAUACCUAUUCAUGUGAUGGUCACACAUUCAACUUCCUUAUUGAUACUGGAUUUGUUUUCCUUGUUGUUGCUGAUGAAGCAGUUGGGAGGAGCAUGCCAUUUGUGUUUCUUGAGCGAGUGAAGGAUGAUUUUAAACAGCGUUAUGGUGCAAGCAUUGGCAAUGAGAGUACACACCCACUUGCUGAUGAUGACGAUGAUGAUUUAUUUGAAGAACCAUUUAGUAUUGCAUACAGUCUUGACAGAGAAUUCGGUCCCCGGCUUAAGGACCAUAUGCUAUAUUGCGUGAGCCAUCCGGAAGAGAUCAGUAAGCUGUCCAAGCUGAAGGCUCAAAUAACAGAGGUCAAAGGGAUAAUGAUGGACAACAUUGAAAAGGUAUUGGAUCGUGGGGAGAAGAUUGAACUUCUGGUGGACAAAACAGAAAACCUUCAGUUCCAGGCAGAUAGCUUUCAGAGGCAAGGUAGACAACUACGAAGGAAGAUGUGGCUGGAGAACCUCAGAUUCAAGCUGAUAGUUGGGGGUGCAAUCUUUGCACUGAUUGUUAUACUAUGGCUAAUGGUUUGCAGAGGAUUCAAAUGCUGACUGAUGAGAGAUGGCUGUUAUAACUUUAAUAUUUGUGUAUACCAGAAAAAAAAAAAACUAAAAAUAAAGAAAAUUUUAUAUAUGGUGUUUAUUUUUAUAUAUGGUGAUUGGUAUUGAUAUAUGUGGGAUUCACAUUUGAUCUCACUUAUCCUGUCUACUUGGUUAUUCUGGUAGUAUACUAGUAUCUGAAGCUCUAAGUGAUAUAAUUGGUUACUGA